CCCGGCAGUUGCGUCGGGUCUCUGAUCGCUGGGGUUCCCUCUGCCCUCUCCAGGAAUGCGGGGGGGAGGAACGAGAAAAGAGACACUCUAAGGCCCCGGGGUUUUUGCAGGAAAGGGGGAAGCGAGAGACAAAGGACCUAUAGCGGUGUCUACCCAACCCCGCCAACUCCCCCCCGCCGCGCGCUCCCGUUGUCGGCCAGGCCCAUUUCUAUACAAGGCCUGCUCUCCCCGGCCUCCACCCCUCCUCGCGGAGAGGUGCAUUCCCCCGCCCUGAGCUCAGCGGGCCGAGCCGGAACGCGCCGAUAAAUCAGAGAUAACCCAGAGGGGCAGGGCCGGCCCGGCUCUCAGGACGGGGGAUAAAAGGCCGCCGUUGCCCGAGGACCCAGCGGGUGAGACGUGAACCGGGACCCAGCGCAGCGGCAGCGGCGGCAACCUCUCUCCGCCCCUCCAACGACAUGGACCCCCAGACGACGCUGCCCCGGGCGCUCAUGCUCCUUCUGUUUUUGCACCUGUCGCUGCCACGCUGUCGUUCCUACCCGCUAGGUGGCCCCGGCCCGGCCUCGGAACUGCGCGGGAUACAGGAACUGCUGGGCCGUCUACGAGGCAGGGUCUUGGAGCUGCAGGCCGAGCAGAUGGACCUGGACCCCCUUCAGCAGGGCCACGGCCUCGCAGAAGCCUGGGAGACCCGGGCGGCCGCCCCCGCGGGGCUCCUCGGGCCCGGCAACAGCGUCCUCCAGGCCCUGCGGGGAAUACGCAGCCCCAGGAUGAUGCGCGACUCCGGCUGCUUUGGGCGGAGGCUGGACCGGAUCGGCUCCCUCAGCGGCCUGGGCUGCAAUGUGCUGAGGAGGUAUUAAGAGAAGGUCCUGGCGGCAUCCGAUUCUCCCUCAACCCCCUGCUCCCCUUUGAAGCAACUCCUAUUUAUUUUUAUUUAUUUAUUUAUUUAUUUGGUUGUU